CAGUGUGCGAAAUGACCGGACGUAUGUACAGUUUGAAGUUUACCGGUUCAACACCUAGUCACUUGGCGUCCAUUUUUCUAAUUCGAAUUAUUUGAGGAACUCCUCUGGUUUGGACUCGCCCUGCAUGAGAGACGCGGGACCGUAGACAAUGAUUUUCAGCGAGCACAAGGCUGGCAUCCUGGACAUGACGACGGAUCACGUGGACGACCUGCACCGGCUGUGGUCGCGCAUGUUCGAGCCGCAGACCUGCGAGGAUUGCCUCAUCCGGCUGAGGGAUCACGCGAACAGCUUCUACACGGAUCUGCUCAAGGAAUCGCGCGAGAAGGAGCAGGGCAUCAGCAGGGAGAUAGCGGAGCUGCGCGAGGUGGCCGCCGGCCUGAUGCGGCUGCUCCACAAGUCGCUGGACAUGGGCGAGCGUCCGGACGACAUGCCGCUGGUCGUCUGGCAGCUGAAGCUGGACAGGAUCGUCGAGCAGCUGCGCGAGGAGCUGGCCGGGCGCAGGGCAGAGAUCGGGGAGCUGCUCCGCCAGCAGGAGCAGCUCUGCCAGGAGCUGGGCGAGCACUCACAGCCGCUGUCAACCGAUCCACUGCCCUUGCCCGACGAGCUGGACGCCUUUCGGCGCCACCUGCAGCAGCUGCGCGACCUGAGAGUGCUGCGCCUCAGGGAGAUGGACCAGAUGCGCGACAGCAUCAACCACAAUAUGAGAAUACUCGAGAUACAUGCACAAUCGGACGCCGAGAAGCGACUCCUCAACCCGGAGUGCCAUGAUGUCAGGCCGCAUUCCUAUGACCUGCUGCACGCCAUGCAGCUGGAAUACGCCGAGCAGGUGAAGGAGAUGCGAGAGCGCAUCGACGAGAUGCGCGGCCAGAUCGAUCUCCUCUGGCAGCGGCUCAAGCUGGAGGACGAAUAUGCCAUGAGUCGCGUGCGCAAGGCCACGUCCUACGACCAGCGCACCUUCGACAUCCUGCGCGAGGAGCUGGAACGCUGCCAGGCGCUGCGGCGCCAGAACCUCAAGACCUUCAUCGAGCAGCUGCGCAUCGAGAUCCACGAGUGGUUUGACUACACGCUCAAGAGCCCGGAGGAGCGCAGGCUCUUCACCGACCGCCUCUGUGAUAGCCAGAGCGAAGAAGUUCUGGAGCUGCUCGAAAAGGAGCUGGACCAGCUGAAGGAGUUAUACACUAGCAAUAAGAAAAUCUUCGAACUGUACGCCAACCGAGCGAUGCUGUGGUCACGCCUGGAGGCACUGGAGGCCAAGGCCAACGAUCCGAAUCGCUUCAACAACCGCGGCGGCCAGCUGCUCAAGGAGGAGAAGGAGCGCAAGGCCCUGGCCUGCCGGCUUCCCAAAAUCGAUCAGCAAAUCACCGAGCUAGUGACGGCCUACAUGAGCCAGGCCAACAAGCCGUUCCUGGUGAACGGCGAGGAUAUACUGGAGAGCAUGGCGGCGGACUGGGAGCAGCACCGUCAGUCGAAGAAGCAGCCGUCGGCCCAGAAGAAGGACGUGGCCGUUAACACGACCAGCAAAAUGAAGCCGCCUCUCACGCCAAACACGCUGAAAGGCAAUCGAGGCAAACACGGCUCCUCGUCAUCUCUGAAGAAGACCCCGUCCAAGGUGAACGCCAGCACUGCGGCCAAGAGCACGGGGAAUCUGCAGAAGAGGCGCCACCCCAACGAUAGCAGGAACAAUACUCAGCCGGCGGCGGCUGCCAAAAGAAACCUAAUCAUCUCGCUGGAGGGCGUCAAUUCAGAGCCAGUGCUGGGGACGUUGGCCGCCGCCAGGAGUACGAAUAAUCUGCAGAAGAGGCGCCAUCCCAACCUUCAGCCGGCGGCAGUGGCCAAUCGGAAUCAAACGUCCUCCGUGGAGUGCAUCGAGGCGGAGGCCGUGAUGGGAGUGAAUGGCCAGAAGCAGCUGAAGUCGCCGCUGAAGAAGGUGCGAGUGCUGGAGUACUCGGUGCGCCGCGGCAAGGCGGCGGGCAGGCCCAGCAUUGGCAGCAAGAGCCACCCGCGGAAUCGUCCCAUCCCCCAGCUCCUGGUGCAACCUCCGUCCGGCGAGGAGAACGAGGAUGACGACGAGUACGCGGACGAGAACGAGGAGAGCGGCGACUUCUAGGCAUGCCUCUAGUACCUCUAGGAGCUUACUUUAAUCACACCCCACAUUGCAAUCGAAUCGGCAACUGAUCUGUGUUCCAUCUCUACCUGUACUGAAGUAUUUCGCUCAAUUACUCAAGACUCGAAGGGUUUUUUGUCACACGUUUCUAGCAAUAGUUUAGGCCUUUUGUGAGCAGACCAUUUGAUAUUCAAUUUUUAUACACUAGGACUAACUAAAUUUUUAAAUCCAUGUGUUUCGGUUUAACCUGUGUCCGAGUAAAUGAGCAAAUGGUCGAAUUUAAAUUUAAGUAAAAUAAAUAUGUAUUUUUACACUA